AAAUAUUUCUUGAUAUUGCAUGUUUCUUCAAAGGGGAAAAUAAAGACCGUGUUGAGAGAACAUUAGAAGCAUUUGGUUUCUAUCCAAAAAGUGGAAUACCUCGUCUAAUUAAGAAGUCUCUCAUAUCUAUUUCAUCAGUCAAUCAGAUUCAUAUGCAUGACUUGCUAGAGCAAAUGGGCAAGGAUAUUGUUAAUGAGGAAUGCAAACAGCCUGGAGGACGCAAUAGGUUGUGGAAUUAUAAAGAUAUUAGUCACGUAUUGACAACAGAAACGGUAAGGACCAAAUUAAUCAAUGAAGGAACCGAAAAUGUUGAGGGCAUAUUGCUUUAUACGCCUCAGAGUUGCAAUUUGAAGCUAAGUGCCACGGCCUUUAUGAAGAUGUGCAAUCUUAGAUUUGUCAAACCUCUUGGAAAUUUGAAAUUAAUGGACCUUAGCUACUCUGAUGACCUGAUCAGGAUUCCUGGCUUGUCUAGCAUUGCCCCAAAUCUUGAGUUUUUAUAUUUGGAAGGAUGUGAGAGUUUGGUUGAAAUUCCCUCCCUUCAAAAUCUGGGCAAGCUUACUGAACUUGAUCUAUGUGAAUGCCAUAAAGUCAAAGAUUGUCCAGAGAUUCCGUGUAAUAUAAAGUUUUUAAAUUUAGAUUACACUGGAAUAGAGCAACUGCCCUCAUCAAUUAGGCAUCUGUCUCAACUUGCUAUAUUGUCCUUGCAAUGGUGUAAAGCACUCGAGACUCUUCUAAGCGGCAUUGCAAGUCUUCCAGAAAGCAUCAAACAACUUUCGAAGUUGAAAGAGCUUGGUUUAAGUGGUUGUGAGAGUCUUAUAAGUUUACUAGAGCUUCCAUCAUGCUUAGAACUCUUAUUUGCAAGUGAUUGCCACUCUUUGGAAUCUGCAUCAAUUUCUUUCCAUUCCUUGGAAUAUGAAGAUGAAAAUGAAGAGGCAGACAAAAUUGAUGAUGAAAGUAAAGAUGAAUAUGAAGAAGCAGAUGAAAAUGAAGGAGGUAAAAGUGAAUAUGAAUAUUUUUUUGAAGAUUGCAAACUUCUUGAUUUCGGUAGAAGCGUCAAUUUGAAUAAGAAAGUAAUGGAGGAUGUUUUUGAAGCGCAUCUGUUGGGUCAGAAAGUUUGA